AUGACGGAGAAUAGGACCGAGCAGUGUUUUCCUCUUCUCCCCACCACAAUUGUUUUGGAUUCACAGCAGUCUCCUCCUGUAUCUGCUCUCCCGCCAGCGCAGAUUCCCCCAGCCGCGACCUCGUCCCGUCGAGACAAUCCCGGACCGGUCGACUAUUUCUCUUGCCAGGACGACAGCAGCGAGCAGUUUGACGAGACCGGGGCGACCAUCGACGAGGUUGUGAGUGAGUGGACGGCAUCCUCGAUUAGCAGCCGGCAUGAUUCCGACGUAUCAACGCCAUUCUCCUUGACCCGAUCAUUGUUGGGUUUAGGUCCGCAAGUUUCAGCCGAUUUUGGAUUCUGGUCUCCCUCGUCGGCAGCGUCGUCCGAGCCACCCUCCAGGGCACCGCCAGGCGCCCUGGGAAAGAGGCUAUCUGGCGCGGAAUAUCGCCCAACCCAACCUUUAGGAUCUCCUCUGAAGAAGCCGCGCCUCACAUCGCUCCCGCCCAACCUGACCGGGAAGCCGCCCAUUGCGAAUCCCAACCUUUUAUCUCCCCUCUUUUUCUCAAACUCGGCGAGGGGGACGAGAAUGAACCAUCCACCCGGAUUUGCAGAUCCCGAGGCAGCGGCGUCGAUGAUGGGAACUCAAGAGGGUCAGGAGGGCUUCACUACUUUGCGUCUUCCCAAGUCAGUUACUACCGCCAGUCCUUCGAGAUCGUCGGGCACCCCUGGGAGUUGGUCGUCUGCGGAGCAAUCGAACCCGUCACGGAGCCCUGAUGGCUGGCCGCCAUCUAAUAUUGCCAGAUUACUCCAAGGCAUAGGGGUUGUCGAGUUGCUGGAACAAGACGAACGGCCGACGUUUAUGAUCGACCUCAAUGAACCAGCAAAUUUCGGCCCUGGACAACUGCGUAUAAUAUAUGUCAAUGCGGCGCUCAAGGCGUCUACUGAGCUGCUGGAGCGUUUGCAGAACGAGACGUCUGUCGGGGGGCAUACUACUGAGUUUUCACACUUCAAAUCCUGGGCUCUAACUCUUGUGCCGGACCGGCUUUCGCUCGAUGGAAGCACGGUUUCUCCUCCAUCAUGGGCGGGGAUGAACUGGUCAGCUUCCACCCUCCGACGUCGAUUUCGUGUGGUCCGUGGAAACGCCCAUCCUUUGGAGUCCAAGACGCCCACGCCACCCAGCUCCACGAAUCAACAGCAUCCAUGGGCUCAAAGCGGUCCUUGGACUGGCCGUGAUGUUUUCGCACCGAGAGAACGGGGUGAUUACUUUGGACCCGGUGCCGAGUCCCAAUUUCGUUCUUACUCGGAGCCUCGGAGCAGAGCUGGUUCGAUUGCCGACACGGUGGUUCAGUCUGUCGACGACAUGGCGCUCGUGACGCCGCCCCCGCUCAUGUCUGCGCCCCUGCCUCAGCUGCAAACCAUCUUUGACUGGACUCGAAUACCGCUAGACGACCCAAAUCUUGGGCCUCAUCAUCAUUUUGCUCGAUCGGUCGAUUGGGGGUCAACCUCUUUGGGACCCGUGGAAACGUGGCCUAAUGACCUGCGCAUCAUGUCCAACAUGAUCAUGGGGAGUCCUCACCCUGCGGCGCUGUAUUGGGGCCCAGACUUUGUUGCCAUCUACAACGAAGCAUACAUUGCGCUCGCGGGUCAAAAGCACCCUCAGCUCAUGGGAAGCCGGUAUAAAGACGCUUGGUCGGAGAUAUGGGACAGCAUAGCGCCGGUUUUCGACGCUGCCUGGAAUGACGGGCGGGCAACCAUGAAGCACGACGAUGGUCUUUUCAUCUCUCGCCACGGUUUCCUCGAGGAGACCUUCUUCAACUGGGCCAUCAUUCCGUUGGUUGGUAGCGACGGCACCGUGGUGGCACUAUACAAUCCUGCCUUUGAAAACACGCGGCGCAAAGUCAGCGAGCGCAGAAUGUUGACGCUGCGCGAGGUCGGUGUCAAGACGUCACAGGCCAGGGAUGUGAAGGGAUUCUGGAAACAGCUUCAAAAGGGUCUCGAAUACAACCCCUAUGAUGUCCCCUUUGCUCUCAUCUACUCGGUCAGUGAAGAUAGUGAGAGCGAGGUUGGGUCCAUGGCUUCCGGCAACCUCAGCCACCCCCCAGUAAUCAACCUGGAAGGCUCGAUUGGCGUUCCCGAAGGGCACCCUUGCGCUGUGCCCUCGAUAAACUUACGGUCAAGCGAUGAAGGGUUUGCCCACUACAUGCGCGAGUCGAUGGUCGAUCUAGCCAUGCCCGUCAUCCUCAGUCUUGAAGACGGCACGUUUCCUGUUGAGCUCAUCCAGGGGCUUGACUGGCAGGGCUUUGGAGACCCAUGCACCACAAUUGUCAUCUUUCCAGUUCAUCCAACAACGUCGGUGGAUGCAGUGGUUGGCUUCAUCGUGUUGGGUAUCAACCCUCGACGACGCUACGACGACAACUACAAACUCUUUAUCAACUUGCUUUCACGCCAACUGGCAACGUCCAUGGCGUCUGUAGUCCUGUUCGAGGAAGAGAUCAAGCGUGGACAGAGAGCGGCCCGGUUGGCUGCGCUGGACCGCCAGGAACUUUCGAUGCAGUUACAUCUCCGUACUCAGGAAGCCGUCAAGAGCGAGUAUCGCUUCACUAGGAUGGCCGAGUUUGGACCAGUCGGUCUGUUUAUUGCCGAUGGUCAGGGCCAAAUAACCUUUGGAAACGAAUCGAUAUACCGGAUUUCAGGCAACGAACGGGCCACGAGCGGUCCAGAUUCGUGGAUGCACAGCAUUCGAGACGAGGAUAGACCGGGCGUGGAGGAAGUUUGGCACAAACUUUUGGACGAAAAGGUGGCUGUGACGCAUGAGUUCCGAUUCCGGGGUUCCAAGCGGCUGAUUGACGGUCACUCGGUCGAUAUUUGGGCAUUGAUGAGCGCCUACCCCGAAAAAGACGAGUACGGCGAGCUCAAGAGCAUUUUUGGUUGUAUCACGGACAUCUCACAACAAAAAUGGGCCGAAGACUUUCAGAAACAGAGGCGAGACGAGGCGGUUGAACUGAAGCGACAGCAAGAAAAUUUCAUCGAUAUAACAAGUCAUGAGAUGCGGAAUCCUCUGAGCGCCAUCCUUCAAUGCGCCGAUGAAAUAUCGUCAAGUCUCAACGAGUUCAAGCACGGAAAUGGUCCAGUCGAACAAACUCUGGGCGAAUUGACAGUGCUUGUCGAAAGUUGUGUCGAGGCAGCAAACACCAUCUCGCUGUGCGCCAGCCACCAGAAACGAAUUGUUGACGACAUCUUGACGCUUUCGAAACUUGAUUCCAAUCUGCUGUUGGUUACUCCUGUCGAUGUACAGCCUAUCAUGGUGGUGCAAAAUGUGCUCAGGAUGUUCGAGGCUGAGCUCCAGUCCAACGACAUCACGGGGCAGUUUAUUAUUGAGGAUUCGUACCGUGAUCUGGAGGUUGACUGGGUCAAGCUCGACCCGUCUCGCCUUCGCCAGGUGCUUAUUAAUCUAAUGACGAAUGCCAUCAAAUUCACACAAGGACGACCAACUCGCUCGAUCGUGAUCAAGCUUGGAGCAUCAAGGGAGGCGGAGAGAGAAAGCGGGCUCUCCUACAUCCCACCAAGGCACCCUGAUCAGAGAGAUCUUACUGAUGAGCCUGAUUGGGCUGAUGGAGAGAAGAUUCACUUGCAUCUUGCUGUGACGGACACCGGGCCAGGGCUGGACGAUGAUGAAAAGAAGAUUCUGUUCCAGCGCUUCUCUCAGGCAAGCCCCAGAACACACGUUCAAUACGGCGGCUCUGGGCUUGGACUCUUCAUCUGCAGGAUACUGACCGAGCUGCAAGGCGGGCAAAUUGGUGUCUUUUCCGAAAAGGGUGAGGGCAGCACAUUUGCCUUUUACAUCAAGAGCCGAAAAUCCGAUCACCCCCAGGUCAACCUCUCAGCCGCCGCGCCGACACCCCGGCCGACACCGCCACGACAAAUGCACCACUCUCAUGAGCCGGCUCCACAGCCAGGGCAAUCGACCCCAGAACCAGAACCGAAGCCAAAGCCAAUUACAAUGGUGCUUGAUGGGCCAGCCUUGGCUGGUGCAUUGCCCAAACCCGUCCGAGAACCCCAGAACAACUCGCCGUCGAUGGACAUCCUCAUCGUGGAGGACAACCUCGUGAACCAAAAGGUCCUACAACGACAGCUCCAGCGGUCAGGAAACAACACCCGCGUCGCCAACCACGGCGGCGAAGCUCUCAUUGAGCUCAGCAAAUCCCGUUUUUGGAACAAGGUAGCGGCCGCAGCAGAAAACGAGCACCCACCUCCCCCGCAAAGACAAGAUUCUGAGAUUCUUCCUGAUGGUAUGGGAGACGUGAAAAUGGCCGACGAGGAGGACGAGGACAAUGACGACGACAAGGGCGAGCGCAACAUUUCGGUCAUUCUGAUGGACCUCGAAAUGCCCGUCAUGGACGGCAUGUCGUGCACGAGGGAGAUUAGGCGGCUGGAGAGAAAGGGGGUGCUGACGGGUCAUGUGCCGAUUAUUGCGGUGACGGCUUAUGCGCGGCCGGAGCAGAUUGAGAAUGCAAAGGCCGCUGGUGUUGACGACGUAAUAUCAAAGCCGUUCCGCCUGCAAGAGUUGCUGCCAAAGAUCGAGGAGCUGGUGGCAAAGUACAAGACUUUGUCUUGUGAGGCUUAA